AUGGCAAAAGCGGACCGCAUCGAGAUGCAGCAGCCAAAAGGCGGCUACGACGCCGUCAACACAAGCUCCUCCGGCAACACGGACGACGGCACCAAGAACAACCACCACGAGAACGGCUACCCGUACUCAAUGGCUGAUGGCGGCACCGGUGACUCGACGCUCAGGCUCUUGGCCUUUGCCUUGAUCUUCAUGUCCUCGUGGGAAGUCAUGGCGAUGGACAUGGGAGCCACCUUUUAUAACGGCGGGCCGCAGACGCUCGCCUGGGGCAUCGUCCUCGUCGUCGUCGGCGCCAUGGCCCAGGCGCUCUCCAUGGCUGAGCUCGCGACCAUCCAGCCCAUCGCGGGCGCGCAGUACCACUGGACGCAUUUCCUCGCGCCAGAGAAGCACCGGCGGUUCAUCACGUGGAUGCAGGGCUGGGUAACCUGGUUCGCCUGGGUUUCCGCCCUCGCCGGUUCCGCCGCCUCAGAAGCAAACAUCAUGAUCGGCCUCGUCAGCACAAACUACCCCUCGUACACGUUCCAGCCCUGGCACAUCACAAUGGUCAUCAUCGCCCAGCUUGUCGCCUGCGCCCUCAUCAACAUGUACGCCUUCCGCACCAUCCCCUGGAUGGAGCUCCUAGCCGGCGUCCUCCACGUCGUCCUCUGGCUCAUCUUCGUCGUCGUCCUCUUGACGCUUGCGCCCCGCGCCUCAGCCGACUUUGUGUUUUUCGAGCGCACCGUGAGCUCCGGGUGGACAAACGACUUUGUGAGCUGGAAUAUCGGCAUGCUUGUGCCCGCGUGGGGGUUCAUUGGAUUUGAUGGCGUCGUGCACAUGGCGGAGGAGACGCGCAAGGCGAAGCAAGCUGUUCCGCGCGCGAUGCUGUGGACGAUUAUCCUCAACGGCGUGUUGUCGUAUGGUAUUAUUCUCGCCAUCCUCUUUGGUAUGGGCGGCGACCCGGCUACGACGGAGGCGAUCCUGAGCUCGGAUUACCCCAUCAUCCCUCUUCUCUUCAACGCCGCGGGUCCCGCUGCCGGCACAGCCAUGGUCGUCGGUCUCUUGGUUAUCACAUUCUGCGUCGUCGCCGCCUCGCUGGCUUCCGUGUCACGCAUCACAUGGGCCUGGGCCCGCGACGGCGGCCUACCGCGGUACUUUGCCAAGAUCCACCCGACGCACCGUGUACCGAUCCGCUCCGUCUGGCUACCGUGCGUCAUCGUCACCUGUCUCUCCCUCUUCACCGUCGGCAACAACGCCACGGCGACGGUGUUCUCGGCCUUUACGGCGCUCUCGUCGCUGGGGCUGUACGGCUCGUACAUUAUCGCCAUAUCCUGCAUGCUCCAUGCGCGUCUGACGGGGCGGAUCGGACACGGGCCGGAGUAUCAGGUGCAGUAUGGCGGGUGGUCGCUGCCGAGGGGGUGGGGCACGCCGAUUAAUGUGUAUGCGCUGCUGUGGUCGAUUUACUUGAGCAUCUGGCUGCCGUUCCCGCAGACGAUUCCGGUUACGGGGACGGAGAUGAAUUAUGCUGGGCCGAUUUAUGUUGUUGUUGUGGUUGGUGCUGCGACUUUGUGGUUUACGUGGGGGAAGAAGCAUUGGCCUGGACUGAAUAAGAGUGCCAUUGAUAAUGUGGUGGCGUAUAAUUGA